AGCGCUUGUCAAACCACAAUUAAAUGUCAUCACAUUCUUCGCUUCACGAAUUCUUAAACGUCGUCAAUGUUUUCAGUUCUGCUUUCACAUAACUUUUGUUGUUAUACGUUGUAAAUAUAAUUUUGUUGUAAUUAUGAUAAAGAUUAUUAAAUUGCUUUGCUAUUUGUUAUUUUUAACUACUGAAAUUCAUUGCAAACGCCUUAUAGUGAAACGUAAGACUACUACUGGCAUUCCCAAAAAUGCUACAGAGUCGUGGACAGGCAACUGGUUUCCCCAUCCACCACUACCAAAUGAUUCGUGGAAGGGUAAAUGGUUUCCUUACGCCCCUUAUACGAAUGUACAAACUUUAGAUAUGACUCACAAAAAACAACUCAGUGCAUCCGAAAUAUGUGAUAACGGCAAGGAAUUCAUUGGACUCGACUAUGAUCCAAAUGAUGUGCGACAAUCUUUUGAACACCUCUGUUUAGCCAAUCGCUCUCUAUUUGAACCAAAUAUGAACCGUGAAGCAUUGAGAAAAGAGUAUUUUAUUCCACCCGCAUACGUAGCGCAUAGCAAGUGCCUUAAUGAAACAAUUAGUUAUGAUACUCCGCUACCCACUUAUGGCGCAUUCCGACCUAUCCCUCCAAAAUAUGGCUCGUAUAUAUUUCUACCAGCACAACGAUGGCUCACAUCACUUUCCCAGGGAGCAGUAGUAAUGCUUUACCAUCCAUGUGCUUAUAAUGGUCAAGUGAAAGUGCUGCAAAAUACACUUCGGUCCUGUAUGUAUCGUCACAUCAUAACACCUUCGCUAGCUUUAAGUCCAAAACGUCCCCUCGCUUUAGUGGCAUGGGGAAAGAGCUUGGAAAUGUCUGUAGUAGACGAUAAAUUAGUUGUGGAUUUCAUUAAACAAAGUGCAAAACAAGGCCCAAAUUUUUCAUCGAAGCAACAAAAUAAUACGAAAAUAUAUGAAGCAGGCUUAUUGCAGGAAGCACAUUUAAUCACUGAUGAGAAUGAUAUAGAGGUCUGUGGAUAUAAAGAAGGGAUGUAAAACUUUUACUUAGGUGCAAAAAUUAUCUUGUGAAUUACUUAAAUUAAGAACGGAAUAUGAUCUGUGAAUAGUGUGCAUGCCUUAUUGGGUUACAGAAGUUAUUGUUAAAGAUGUUUUAUCAUAGAAAAAUUUAUAAAUAAACAAGUAAGGAGGUGUUAAAUUCGGUCAAAAACAAAA